ACGCCAGCCGAUGUUUACAAACGAUGUUUGCAAUUAGCGAAACAUUUAAGCUCCCCCGGACAAGGCAACAUCUAAGAAGGACACAAAGGAGAGCCUCCCUCGACGUGAAGAGCCGCAUCAGGAGUCAGCCAUGGAUGAACAGCAGGAGUACCAGACGAACGUAUCACGAUGCAGGGACGGAGCACCAGAGAUCCAGAAAUAGCAGGAGUGCAUCCGGAGCAGUCCGCAGCGCCGCAUCAUACAGGAGUCGUCGGCUCCCCCGGACAGCAGGCCAACAUCAGAGAAGGACACAAAGAAGAGCCUCCCUCGACGUGAAGAGCCGCAUCAGGAGUCAGCCAUGGAUGAACAGCAGGAGUACCAGACGAACGUAUCACGAUGCAGGGACGGAGCACCAGAAAUCCAAAAAUAGCAGGAGUGCAUCUGGAGCAGUCCGCAGCGCCGCAUCAUACAGGAGUCGUCGGCUCCCCCGGACAGCAGGCCAACAUCAGAGAAGGACACAAAGAAGAGCCUCCCUCGACGUGAAGAGCCGCAUCAGGAGUCAGCCAUGGAUGAACAGCAGGAGUACCAGACGAACGUAUCACGAUGCAGGGACGGAGCACCAGAAAUCCAAAAAUAGCAGGAGUGCAUCUGGAGCAGUCCGCAGCGCCGCAUCAUACAGGAGUCGUCGCGUUGGGAGGCAGCAGCGAAGCCACUGCAAGUAAUAUGCAGACACCUCAACAAAUAUUGGCGAGAGUUCGCAGUGUUAACGGCAGGCGGCAGAAAUCGCGCUGGAU